AUGAACUCGAAACUCAUAUUCAUGUAUACCAACGCGCAAAGUGUACUUUCUAAACUGGACGAACUCCGUAUCCAUACCUACGACCUCCAUCCAGAUGUUAUCUCCAUAACAGAAACAUGGUUGUCCGAACAGGUUGAUGAUAGAGAGCUCAUGCUCCCUGGAUUUCAACUGUUCCGCCGAGACAGAGAAAACAGAAGGGGUGGAGGCAUAGUAACAUUUGUUAAGCACGGCCUGCACGUUUCAGAAAAAACUGCCCAACUAACUUGUAGUACCGAAGCAUUAUGGCUGACCAUAAGGGCACCGGGCUCUCAAAGUCUCGAUAUCUUGACAGUAUAUCGCCCCCCGAGAAAUGACCCUGACGCUGAUGCCCAACUGCUGGAGGAGCUCAGAUUAUUUUCAACGCGGCCGACCACUCUCAUCGUUGGAGAUUUUAAUGCACCUCACAUCGACUGGAGCUCGGCCUCAGCCGACUGCUCUGAAGCAGCAUUUGACCAGCAGCUACUGCGUACCUCCGACAACCUGCUUCUCACACAACACGUAAUGUUUUCAACUAGAGUUCGAGAGGGCCAACAGAUGAACUGCCUCGAUCUUGUGUUCACCAAGUCGUCUGACAACAUCGACGUUGUGAAUUGCCUCCCCCCGUUGGGUCAGAGUGACCAUGUAGUUCUCAUGUGGGUAUACACGUUAUUCUCCCUUCCUGCACAACCGCUCGAUUCCCGACCUAAUAUUUGGCGCGGCGAUUUCGAACAGAUGAAAAAGGAUCUUAGUCCUAUCGACUGGGCAUCCACUCUCUCCGGCGAUGUCGAAGAGGCUUGGUGUCAGUUCAAAGAGUUAGUCCACAACCUCAUCUCCAACCACUGUCCAAUCAUGCGCAAAAGACUAACAAAUGGACCUCGCUGGUUGACUCCGUCCUUAAAGAAGGAAGUUAACAAGAAGAGGAAGCUAUGGAAAAGAUCGCUGACGGACCGCACGCCAGAAUCCCUAAGCAGUUAUAAGUUACAGAGAAAUCGGGUCAAAAUUCUCAUCGCCAGAGAUAGGAAAGCUUUUGAAAAGAAUCUUUUGAACCGUGCCAUGAUUAAUCCAAAAAUCCUUUACAGCUACAUAAGACAGAGCACACGGAACAAAGAUCCUGUCCCACUGCUGCGAACGGCUGAGGGUGUGGAAAUCUCCGAUGACAAGGAUAAGGCUGAACAUCUCUCUCAGUCCUUCCGGUCAGUCGUGACAAGUGAACCUGCUUUUUCCUCACCCGCUUAUGAAGACGAAUAA